GGAGUAGAGCGGUCGUCGCGGCGGGCGGCGCCGCUGUGAGGGAGGGGACGGCGGCGGCGACGGAGGAGGAGGAGGAGGAGGAGGCGGCGGCGGCGGGACGGGAGACGGAGGAGGGCGGCGGGGAAGCGGCAUGGGCGCCUGACGCCCGUCCCGUCCCGCCGCCGAGGGACGAUGGCGCGGCCCCGCGGCGGGCGGUGGUUGCUGGGCGUCCUCCUCGCCCUGUGCCGCUUGGCCGCGCCGCUCGCCAAGAGCCUGGAACCGGUCUCCUGGAGCUCCGGGAACCCUAAGUUCAUGACUGGGAAGGGGCUGGUCAUCUACCCGGAGAUUGGGGACAAACUGGACAUUAUCUGCCCCAAGGCGGAGCCGUCCAAGCCUUACGAGUACUACAAGCUGUACCUGGUGAAGAAGGACCAGGCAGAUGCCUGCAGCACCGUCAUGGACCCCAACGUGCUGGUGACAUGCAACCGGCCCGAGCAGGAGAUCCGCUUCACCAUCAAGUUUCAGGAAUUCAGCCCCAACUACAUGGGCCUGGAGUUCAAGCGACAGCAGGAUUACUUCAUCACAUCCACUUCCAACGGGACGCUGGAUGGCCUGGAGAACCGGGAAGGAGGAGUCUGCCAGACGCGCUCCAUGAAGAUUGUCAUGAAAGUGGGGCAGGAUCCGAAUGCGGUCAUCCCAGAGCAGCUGACGACGAGUCGGCCGAGCAAAGAGUCCGACAACACCGUGAAAAUCGUCACGCAGAGCCCGCGCAGCAAGGUCCCCGCGGCGGAGGAGCCCGGCAAGCCAGGCUCCGUCAACCAGGACGGCCAGGAGACCCAAGGUCCCAGCGAUGGCUUCUUGAGCUCCAAGGUGGCCGUCUUCGCAGCGAUCGGCGCCGGCUGCGUCAUCUUCAUCCUCAUCAUCAUCUUCCUCGUGGUCCUCCUGAUCAAGAUCCGCAAGCGGCACCGGAAGCACACGCAGCAGCGAGCCGCAGCCUUGUCCCUCAGCACCUUGGCCAGCCCGAAAUGCAGCGGGAACGCGGGCUCUGAGCCCAGCGACAUCAUCAUCCCCUUACGGACUACAGAGAACAACUACUGCCCGCACUACGAGAAGGUGAGCGGGGACUACGGGCACCCCGUCUACAUUGUCCAGGAGAUGCCCCCCCAGAGCCCAGCCAACAUUUACUACAAGGUGUGAGGAGCAGCCUGGGCAAGCCGCCGAUGCAGGAGCACGGGAGCGCCGAGCGCGGGGGGCAGCCGCCCCCCGGGUCUCCCCACGGGCGGUCUGGCGCCGGGAGGGAGGAAGCGAAACGAACCCCACGGCACGGCGCAGGGAGCGCCAGGGUCCGGCGCCGGAGAGCGGAUGGCUCACUCGCGCGCUGGUUCUCCCCUUUGUAUUUAGUUUUGUAGUUCUCAGCUUUUGUAAUCCCGAGACUCGAGGGUGAGCCUUCAGCAUCCUCCUCUUCUUCUCCAGACUGCGGCCGGCCGGCCGGGGGGGCGGGCGCCGUGCCUUUCCGUGCUUGCUCGGACACCGCUGGCAUACCCGGAGACUCCACCUCCCCUUUUCAUUUUGGGAUUUCCCUGCGUCACUCCUACGUCCUUGCGUGAAGUGCCCGUGCGCCUGGCGCCGCGUCGGCCGCCGCUUGGGUCCCGGAGCCUGGACCAACGCCGGGGCCGCGGCGAGGAGUCUCGGUCCGAGGAGGAGCAAGCAGCCGCGGGGGGAGGAGGAGGAUGCUUUGCCUAGGUGCCAAGAUGCAGACAACUGUGCAGGGAGGAAGCUGGCAAACCCGAUUUACUACUACUACUAUUAUUAUUAUUAUAAUUAUUUUAAUUUUUUUUGUAACAUUUUUAUUUUUGUGAAUUCCGGGCGGGACUCUGGCCCGCCGCCUUCGGGCACACGCCGUCGCCUCCUUCCAGCACGCCGUCCCGCCGGCCCCGGGGCAGACCCCGCUGCUCCCGCCGCUGCCCUUUUAAACUUUUGUGUUCGUAGCUGUUGACUCUUGUUUUAGUCUCUUUAUAAAAAGAAAGAAAGAAAAAAAAAAAAAUUCUAUCUAUA